UCAAUAAUUACAGUCAUAAUCCUUUAUUUGAAAAACUCAUUACACUGUACAUCCUUUAACACUAACCAGGUUAGAAAUUUCAGUUAAAUGUGGCAUGUGCUUUGCACAUGAGGGUAGGUUAGUAAUUUUACAAAUACUUAAAACAUAAUUUCUUAUCCCUCUCAUUUUUACAGCCACACAAUCCAAAACCUUAUCCCCUUUCUCUCUUUUCUCUCUCAUGUCUCUCUCUCUAGAAAACAGUCGGUCACCACACUUGGUGGCAGAGCCAUGGCGACAGCGUGCCAUGGCGGUGGUGUUACGCAUGCCCUUGAAAUAACCCCACCAUUGCCGGCCGGCGCCGCCCAUCAGAUCCUCGAAAACUCCCGACAACGUGGCAUGGCUAGGGUUUCCUCUCACUAGAAAGUGGCCGCCCUUCACAUCCUCGAAAGAACCCACCACUGUCGCACCCACAAUAGGUCGUCUCCAACCUCCUGCGACCCUCAAAGCCCAUUACAUUUUCGAAAACAUCAUCGCCGCCAGAUUUAGGUCAGAUUUGGUGGUGGUGGCCGGAUGAUUUACUGGUGGUGGUAACGACGGAUGGAUUUGGGGAUUUGGUGAUGGUGGUGGAUUUGAGGGAUUUACUGGUGGCUUUAUGUUCAGAAACGGUUCGUUUAAAAGCAGCAGACUCCUGUAUGGUGCCAAUGUCAACACCACAUAUGAUUUGGUCAGAGUGGUCUUUUAUGGAUUCUUUAUGGAACUUUAAAGUUCAGAAGAUGCAAAAUAAAUUUCAUUUAUGUUCAUAAAAAAUUCAUCAAUAUAUAGAUAAUGAAUGACUCAUUGGUGAUCGUGAUUUAGGUUAAACUGAUUCUUGAAAGAAAGUUGGAUUAUGAAAUGAAGCACCAUGAGAAACAGCAGUAGCAUUGCUUGAUGUUUUUUUUGGAAAAAAAAAAGUUUUUACCUAUGGAGGGGAUUUGAUUAUAAAAUUACUAAUCUACCCUCAUGUGUAAAACACAUGCCAUACUUGACUGAAAUUUUUAACCUGGUUAAUGCUAAAGGGCGUACACUGUAAUGAGAUUUCCAAAUAAAGGAUAGUGACUGUAAGUCAGUAAUUAAUGAAGUUAAAGGGCAUCCAUUACAAUCCAAUACAAACAUGGGACGGAAAAUGUAAUUUACCCAUUUAAUUUUGAAAUGAAGUUUUGAAAUUUUGGUUCUUCAUUCAGUUCACCACCUCAUUCUUCAUCAACACGUCGUCUACUCUUUCUUCUCUCUCUAUCUUUUUUUUCUCUCCUCUUAUUUCAAAUUAUGGGAGAGAACUCCGUUGAUGUAUCAUUGUUACAGAAAUAUUCACAAUCGAGUUCAUCUGCACGGCUUCACUCUGUGUUGAGGCUUUUGAACAAGAUAAAGGUUUGGACUAAUUACACCAUCUCAGGUUUUAAUCGCUAAUAUACGGUCAUAAUUACUUGAAAUCAUGUAAACCCUAAUUUUUGUUUUGAAGCUUUUGAACAAGAUAAAGGUUUGGACUACGGUAUUCAACUCCGGUUCCGAUUCAGAUAAUGGUGAUCACGUGAUGUAUGAUUUAAAGUGUUGUUUUAAUAAACGAUUGUGUCGUCGAUUCAUCUGAUUUAAGGUACGCUUCAUAUCAAUUCAUCUUUAGAAUAUAGUUUAAUUCCCCUGAUUAUACUUGAACCCUAAUAUGUCAUUCAGUCUCAGUCGAUUUUCUUCCAUUGUCGAUUUCAAUUCUUGGUUUGAAACACGGACUAUUUUUUUCAUGAUUUGAACUGGCAAUGAAAACCACUGUGUUCCCGAGUCUCAUUUAACAGGAGGAGGGGAAGGGAAAUGAAUUAAGAGACAAAAUGAAGGAAAAGAUGUGAAUCACAUAAAGUUGCAAACAUUGUCCCAAAUAAGCCCAAGUUGCAAACACUUCCCAAAAAGUUCAAAUAGAGAUAUGGCUUGGGAAUGGGGAGAGUGUAGAGAUCCCGCUAGAAAACAAUGUGUAUGGUGCAAACUUUGUGGUCAUAAGAUGAGCAGAGGAAUUACACGACUAAAGCAACAUCUUACUCAUACCGGAGGACAAGUCAAAGGUUGUUCGAAAGUGAGUGUGGAUAUCCAGCAAAGUGUCUUAGCGUCAAUUAAAGAAAAGGAAAAGGUAUAACUAGAAAAGAAAAGAAAUAUGGAGAUUCUUAGAUCACAUUCAAUUGAUGUUGAUGAAGACGAGGAUGAGGACGAUCAAUAUAAUGUACAAGAAGUUGUUACAAAAAAAAAUGUUUCAAAGAAAAAGAAAUUUGUGGGUUCUAGCAAUGUGCGAGAUUCUAUUGAUAGCAUGUUUAAGACCGAUCAUGGAAAAACAAAGCAAACUACAAUGGAUAGAAAUAAUCCAAUAAAAGAGAAGUUAAAGAUGGAAGCUUGGGAUAAAUUUUCAACUUGGGCUUAUUCGGUUGGUUUACCCUUUAAUGUCGUACGUGAUGAAGGUUUCCAAGAUAUGAUCAAUGCCAUUGGAGAUUAUGGAAGAGGUAUGCCAGCUCCAUCUUAUCAUAAUAUUCGUGUGUCAUUGAUGAAACGAAAGUUGGAAGAAACGAAAGAAUUUGUGGAUUCGUUUCGGCCACAUUGGGAAGAAUAUAAGUGUAGCAUCAUGUCCGAUUUUUGGACAGACGGGAAAGGAAUGUGUUUGAUAAACUUCCUAGUCAAUUGUCCUUUUGGAACAAUAUUUUUGAAAUCAAUUGAUGCAUCGGAGCAUGUGAAGAAUGCUGAUUUAAUUGUGAAGAUGAUAAAUGAGGUGAUAAUAGAAGUUGGAGAGGCGAACAUUAUGCAGUUAAUUACAGAUAACGGGUCAAACUUUAAAUCCGCUGGAAAGAUUUUACAAUAGGAUGUUUUGGACUCCUUGUGCAGCACAUUGUGUGAACCUCAUGAUUCAAGAUAUUGGUGAGAACCAAAGAUAAAGACUACCCUGGCUGAUGCAAGAGCAAUUGUGGUUUUCAUUUAUAACCACGAAAGGAUUCUUAAUCUAAUGUGGAAGUUGACGAGAAACAAAGAGUUGCACAGGUCUUGUGUAACUAGGUUUGCAACUCAGUUUUAUACCAUUCAGAGUGUCCACGAGAAUCGACAUCAUAUUCACAUAUUGUUUGUCUCUGAAGAAUGGAGGAAAAGUAGUUUUUCAAAGACAGUGGCUGGAAAGAGAGUCGAGCGAAUAGCGAGAAGAACGAAAUUUUGGGACAACAUACAACUAGCUUGUCAAGUGCUAGCUCCUUUGGUUGAUGUGGUUAGAUUGGUUGAUACGGAAGAGAAGCCAAGUAUGGGUUAUAUCUAUGAUGCAAUGGUUAGAGCAAAGGAUCAAAUCAAGAAAAAUGUAACUGAUGAAAGACUUGUCCAUCAAAUUUUAGGUAUCAUUCAAGCAAGAUGGACCGACCAACUUCAUCACCCGU